AUGCCUAAGCAGAUGACCAAGAUGGAGAGCAUCACAUUUGCGACAACACAUUUGGGCUCCAAAUACGCACGCUCGUCAGCACAGCCGUCUGUGAUUGCACAUGGGCGACCACAAAAGGGCUCCAUCAUUGCCCCCGGGCACUAUCCUAUGCGAGCCUGGGCGGCCAACAUUACCACAACUUGUCGUGCUGUCAUGCGCCACGCUGGCCGCAGGUAUACGGCCAAAUCGUCACUUGCCAGGCAUAUCUCGGCUACGGAAGAUGGCGUCACCACUCUUAUCCUCUCCAUUCCCGUAACACUCAUGCUCUAG